CUUGGUUGUUAUUACUUUACCUGAGGACGACGUUUUAAGAGGAGAGCGGAGGGAUAGGACAGAGAAUAACAUUUUUUUGGACAGGGUAUGAAAAAAGUCUUUCCUGACAACCCUCUGGACUUGAGCUCUACUAUAAUCCAAUAAAAACAUACAAACACAACUGCAACACUUGAAAGUUACACCACUGUGCCAAGAUGUCCCACUGAGAUCAUGCCUAUAUCCAAAACCUGCUGAAAGGAUCUUGCCACAAGAUGCAACCAGGGCCUCCUCCACCACCACCACCACCACCACCACCACCACCACCACCUCCACCACCUCCAGCCCCUGGCCUCCCUCCGCCGUUUCAUGGCCCUGGCCUUUUUGCCAAUGGGGAACGCCGGCGCUCUAGGAUGAGAAAUUUCAACUGGGAGACUCUUCCGAAACACAGUGUGGUAGGAAAGCGGAACAUCUGGACGGCUGAUGCGCCUGAUGGGGAGUAUGAGCUGGACACUGAUCACAUGGAGGAGCUGUUCAGCAAAAAGCAGGACCAGCAACUGCUGAAGGCCCAGAACCGCCAGAGUCUCAGGGGCCUCCCAGUUUCUACCUCAGGGGGAGAAUUUGUUUCCAUCCUCAGCUCCAAGAGGAGUAUGAACAUUGGAAUUUUCCUAAAGCAGUUCAAGCGGCCUGUAAGAGAAAUGAUUGAGGAAAUUAAAGCAGGAAAUGGUGUCAGUUUUGGAUCUGGAAAAGUGAGAGAGAUGUGCAAGCUGCUGCCAGAUGAAGGGGAGUUGAAACAGCUGAAUAAUUUUAAGGGGGACCACUCGACCCUACCUGAAGCAGAUUUAUUUAUGCUAAUGCUGAUCAAGAUCCCCAGUUAUGAGGAGCGUCUGAGCUGUUUGAUGCUCAAAGAAGAAUUUUUCCCCCUCAUGGAUGAAAUCAAAGAAUUCAUUGGCACUUUAAUGGCGGCUGGCAGAGAGCUAUUGGAGUGUGAUCAUCUCCAUUCUGUCAUUCGCCUGGUGCUAAAGACGGGAAAUUACAUGAAUGCUGGUGGCUACGCUGGCAGUGCAAUUGGCUUCCGCAUGAGUUCUCUGUUGAAACUAGCAGAUACAAAAGCAAACAAACCCGGAAUGAAUCUCAUGCAUUAUGUUGUGAUGCAAGCACAGAGGGCUGAUGAGGCCCUUCUUCAAUUUCCAGAGCGACUCAAACACAUCGAAGCUGCAGCGAGAGUAAAUAAAGACGAAAUUGAGGCCGAGUUUCAAAGACAGGUAAAAAAAGUAGAAGCAGCCAAAAAUGAUUCUUUGAAACAGGACGACCUAAAGACACAGAUGGAGGAUUUUCUAAAGGAGGCCGAGGUCUGCUUGACAGAGGUUGAAACUGAUCUUCUAGAGCUGCACGAAGUAAGCGAUGCCGUGGCUGAGUACUUCUGUGAGAACCCAGAGAAGUUCAAGCUGCAGGAGUGUUGCUCCAUUUUCAGCUCCUUCUGUGAGAAGUUUAUGCGAGCGAUCCAGGAAAACAAGGUUCGAGAGAUGGCAGAGGUCAAGCGCAGACAUGCUGAGAGAUUACAGAAUGCUGCCAAGCGCAGAUCUACUGCUACGUGUUCGAGCAGAGACAAAGAAAUGGAGGGUAUUGCAUUAGAGUCUAUUCUACAGAACUUUGUCACCAGACGGGGUUCCAGGAGGAGGCUUGGAAGGCCGUCAUCGACUCAAGGGAGCCCACCCGGUGGCACGCCCAACAACGGGAGCCUGGUAGAAAUUACCUCUCAGGCAAACCUCCCCAGCGGUAAUCAAAGUCGAGGAGGCACUUUGAGGCCGAGGGAGUUGGUUAUGAAAGAAUGGAAUUCAGCCGUUGAACUCACCAACAGCUCCACCCCUGAGAAAAUCCAGAACAAUAAUGAGGACAACAAUGCAGUAGUUAGUGUUCUACAUGAAGAGGAGAUGAAACCUCCAAGGAAAGAGGAUUUUAAUGGAUUUACAGGCCCAGCCAAGAGGACCACUAGCAUUUCCUCCACAGGCAGAGCAGUCUCAGCCACUGAGGAUAUCGAGGAAGACGUAAAGGAUAAUAAUGAGGAAGAGGCACAGAAGUUGCGUGAAGCAUCCAAAAAGAUUUUACGUUUCCAGAACAGCCGUAGCAGUGCCUCAUCUGUGGAACAAUCUCUGGAAAACCAGAAAUCUCCUAAUGUGAGUCGAACUGUUCGUCGCCAGCACACCUUUGAUGAAGAGACGCAGAGGUAUCCUGGAGACCCAACUAACGAGGACUUGGUUAGAUUUUUACUCAGUCCUCAGUCUCCCUCGAAACGCAACCUCGGUCGCCGCCAUACUCUACCUACUAAAGUUCCUAAAACUGAGGAGGAGGAAGAUAAAGUAUGGGCUCCAUCUCCGGUCAGAACUCCUAAAAAUGCAACAGGUGACACGCCAACAGAGAAUGAUGGACGCAGUUCUUCAAAACAAGUGUUUGACUUCACUGACAUAUCUGAUUAUUUAGCAAAAUCAGGUGAACAUGCAGUAAAAACAUCAGAGAAGAAAACCAUAAAUACCCAUGCUGAAGAUGAACCCAUGGAGCAAAACCAAGCAAGCACAUCUACAGAUGCCUCAGGCAACCGAAGAAAUAGUGAAAAUAUCCCUCCUAAGAGUAUGUGGAAUAAGACUGAGACCUCUGGGUUUUUAAACUUUUUUAAACGUCUUGGAGAUAUGAGCAAAUUUUCAAGUAACAAAGACCCCGUCCAUAAGGGCACUGGUGUGUAGACCUUGAAAGAUUCCCAAUAUCAGGUCGUGGAUAGAGAUAUAAACCAAGGUGUUGUUCUUUUUUUUUUUACUGAUAUAAGGUGCCGAGAUCGUGGCGCUUUCCUGUUUAUGUGGAAAUGAUACUGUGGCUGUAGAAGAGACAACUACUAGAAUGUUAUAAGGAUGUGUUUUAUUGUUGAGGAAGGUCUUUGUGUAAGUUUGCGCCACUAGAUGGCAGCAUAUGACAAUGACAUGGCAAAUGGAAAGUAUGGAUGUUUUUCAUAUGUGCAUAGUUAUGAAAACAAAAGAAUGAGGGUCUCAUUGUGAACAGUUUUAUUUUGAUAUCUAUCUCUGCUAAUAUGCAAUUAUAAGAAAAACUAUUCACAUGAGGAUUUGAGCAUUGUCCUCACACAGCUGGGUUAAUACUCCUAGUGUGUGUAAUUUUUAUCUGGAGGAAAAUGCAGAAAGACAUAUUUUAGAAUUUUUAGAAUGGAGGGAUGGAAGUUGAUAGAGAGUCUGAGAGAUGAGAGGAAAUGUCAGUGAUAACAGGAUGGGUCUGAUUGGUAUUUUUGAUACUUAGAUGCUUCUGUAUUCAGACACAGUAUUAUUAUUACAUAUCUGAUUUGAAAAGGAUGAUAUUGUGUUUUCUACGUCUUUGUGUUCCUCCUUUGUUGGCGGUGAAGCACGUCACAAAUGCAGGUUACCAACGCUUUCAGGGUCUUACUCAAUCCAGCCAUUGUUUUGGAUGUAAAUGGGUCAGUGUUACAAAGGCAGCUUGUAUCGGAGCUGCACCAUGGACAGUUUGUAGCAAAGUGAUCUCAAAUUAACUUGAGAAGAACUUAGUGUGGUACAACAGUCAGUGCCCGGUUGCCUAUUAUAAUGGAAAGUACCAGGUUUCCAGUGCUUGCUCUUGCAUUAAUGACGAGUUACAAACCUGGAGCAGAAACAGGGCGUUCAGCUACUAGCGACUUUAACUGAUGGACCAUGUCCUGUUGUACGACUGAGAUAUUAUAAGUAAAAUCAUGUCCAGUUUGUAAUUGUCUUUAUAUAAAAAGUAGACAAAAUUACAGUAAUUAAUUUGACUUUUUUUUUUUUUUAGGUCUUUCUGUGACCAAUAAUUAAAGGGACUGAUGCAUGGAUUAGUAUAUAUUAAAAGUGCUGUACAGUUAAAUAAUCACAUGUAGAAUAUUUAUAACACUAACAUGUAUUAUACAGAUUAUGGACGAAAAUGUCUGAGUCAAAAAAAUUGUUGAAUCUUCUUGUCCGUAAUCAUUUUGACAAGACAUGCUUGUGUUAAGAUAUGAUGUAUAAAAACGGAAAACUGCUAUUUGUAUUUUAAUUACAAAUUACAUUAGCAUGCAGCGUAGCCAUGUAACUGCCUCUUUUGUUUGACAAUAAAAGA